AUGACCGCCGUAGAAGACGCUGUAGAGGAAGUCGAGCGGUGGAAAGAGAUCGAAUGGGAGCGGCAGAGAACUGUGCUUCUGUCCCACGGUGCCAAUUCAACUGCUCAAAAUGAUGGUGUUGUGCAAACGAGACCCAUUGAUCGCGAGAGCCGGGAUAUUGUAGAGGAAAUACCGCAGGACAUUCGCACGGUUUUGCAGUCUCUCAACGUGACGCCGGUGACGAAGUCGUUCGUUUUGCUGUCCAGGGUGCUACCACUGUUAUCCCCUCAAUGGCCCCAAUCCACCUCCACGAUGCACAGCUCAAUCGACACCCCUUAG